AUGAAUUUUGCCCCCUCAAUUCAUUUCUUUUUUGAUCUACCCCUCCAAUCUUUUAAAAUCCCAAAAUACCCUUAUGUGUUUUUUUUUUAUAUGUUUUUUUCUUUCCUUUCUUCGACUUUUCCCCUCCAUCUCUUUAUUCAUAACCAGAUCUUAGGAGCCCUCUGUUUCCUUUCAUGAAUCGGCCGGAUUGUAAGCGUGGAGACUGCGCGUUUUGAAGGAGAUGGUGAAGAGGCGACUCAGAGAGAAAACUACAGGAUUUUAGAGAGCCCUAGGAGCAGAAGCAGAAGCAACAGGCAUUUCUUGCUGAGAGAUAUGUAUGAUGAUAUGAUGCUGGAUGGAGUACAGCCAACUAGGGAUACAUUCCAUUCUGUCAUCAGUUAGUGGAAAGGUGCUUUCAUGUUUGUUAUCAUGGACUUUCAUUCUUUCUGGAAUUUUCCGUUUGGUUGAUUUUGUUUUGUUGCAGGUGGAUAAGCAAAAUGCUCAUUUCUUUGGUGUUACGAUCAACGAGCAACAAGCCGAGUGUGGUAUUGUAGAAAGAGUUACUUCAAAUGCACAAGGCAAAUUUAAGUUACUUUAUUUCGAGCAAGAUGUGAAUGGCGGUUAUGGUUUGGCCCUACAGAUGGAUAAUUGAUCCUCCUCUGGAUGUCAAUGUACCAUCAAAACGCACACCAUGGCCUGAUGCCCCUCCUGAACUCCCUACCAAUGAAAAUGUAGUGUUGGGCAUCCAAGAGCAUGCUGUAAAGCAUCCUACAAAGACCCGCACAUCUAGAUCAAAGAGACGAAGCAAGAGAAAGCAUGACACAAGAACGGUGGACACACAGGUUGCUUCAAAGCAUUCUGAACAAAUUUGAAAAUCUUAGCACGAAGACGGCUAGAGAUGCAUGCUGCUGCUGUGUGAAUUUUAGGCAUCAUUCUUCAGCAUCAUAAAAAAAUUUGAAUUGCAAAGGCUUAUUAGCACAGAGGCAGAUGGCCUAACCUGGUAUAUGUGAAAAGAAUCCUUACAGAGAGAAAAUCCCAAAAUUUCAUAAAAGUGUAUCCAAUUUUUCAAAAAAAUUGAUGACUGUUCACCAUCGGUAAUUCCCGGAGAAAUCAUCGGUAAAAUACAAAUACCCUCUGGAAAAAUUACCGACAGUUUCGUCGGUAAUUCCCGAGGGUGUACAAUACGGAAUAUUUUGCCAAUUUUUUCUACCCCACAAGGCCCCUAA